AUGUUCUUGCUGUGUGAUGACAUAGACACUUUGUUAUUCUUCUGCUUGAGGCUGUGGAGAGAUGUCCUACCGCAGUGUGACCCCGUGUUAGAAAGACUGCUUCUUGUGAUGUAUCAUGUCUACUCAAAAGAUAUCAAACCGAAGAACGGUGGUGACGGCAAGUCGGUGCAAUGGAAGUUUGUCAGGACAAUUUGGAAUGAUUUCGUUUGCGGGAUUGUGGUUUUGCAUCGCCUUGUUCUGGUUCUCAGAAGAAAAGAUUGCUCUUUUGAUGAUCAGCUUUUGUCCUCGGCUAUUGCCAAGUGCAAGCAAGAGCUGAAGAGUCUAGAGGAUAAGCUGAGGUCCGCUAAGGAUGUUUCAGAGGCCAAUGGGUUUGCGAGGGAGGUUAUAGAGUCUAGCGUUUCUCACUUUUGGAAGUCUCUCUUCGAUGGCAGAGAAGCAACGAGAGUGAUAAGGAAGAGGGUUCUAAGGGACUUGUUUGAGCCUAUCUCCGGUAAGACUUGGGAUACGGAGAUAAGGGCACUGACCUUAUAUUCUCCUUACAUUUUAGGCAAGGAUUUUGCAAAGCAGGAGCUUAAAAACGAGGCUGUGAGACUAGGAGUUGGCUUCUCGCUACACGUGGCUCAGUUGAUGUUCUUGCUGUGUGAUGACAUUCGUAGUAUGUUAUGGUUCUGCUAUAAGUUAUGGAGAGUUGUGAAACGGGAGUGGAAUCCGAAUAGUCCCGUGGUGGAGAGGCUGCUUCGUGUGAUUCAUCAUGUCUACCUGAAAGAUAUCAAACCGAGGAAUGGAGUAUACCGUAACGAUGGCUCGUCAGUGAAACUGAGAUUGGCCGGGACGACUCUGCAUUAUUUUCAGUUUGGAGUGACAAGUCUGGAUCUCCUUGUUAUGAGUCUCAGAGGAGAAGGAAGCUUUUCAGAUGGCCGGGUUUGUGCGUCCAUGGUUGAAGAAGACGUGAAGAAGAUAGAGGAGAAGUUGAGGCGUGGGGAGGCUGUUUCGGAGGCGAAUGGGUUUAGGAAGGAAGCGAUAGAGUGUAGCAUUUAUGGCUUGUGGGAGUCUCUCUUUGAUAAAGAAGCCAAGGAAGCAACACAGACUCUGCAAAUGAUCAAGAAUGAGAUUCUUGGCGACCUGUUUCUCCCUCUACACAACGAAGUAGCUCCACCACCUUAG